AUGAACCGCAGCGUGCGGCCCGAGAACGUCGAGUUCACUGUAAAGGCAGCAGAGGAUUUGGUGCUCACGGGCAAAGAGCGCUCGAUCGUGCGCGUGUCGGCCAACAACAUGUACUCGUGUCUCAUGCAGAAGACGCAGCGCUUUUCGUCGCUUUUCCGGCACUACAGUAAACACCACGGACUGCCACGCGAGUCGCUCGACUUUUUCUUUACGAACCGCUUGGACCCGGAGGAUUCGCCCGAAUCCGUGUACCUGCAAAAGAAUGACAUCAUUCUCGUGCGACAUCGAGUGGCGCCAACGAUACUGACGGUGCCGAGUCACAGUGAUGAGGCCUACCUCACAACGAUGCGAGAGCUCUUUCUGAGUGGGGCCGGGAGUGACAUUACGCUGGAAGUUGGACCAGAGCGAGCUGUUCUUCGUGCGCAUCGGCUGAUCCUCACGACGAGAUGCGAGAUCUUCGAGGCCAUGUUCCGCCCUGGGGCGAUGCGAGAAAGCGAGGAUGGAGUCGUUCGCAUCGAAGACCACUCCCUCGAGAUGGUGUCGAAGAUGCUUGAGUUCAUCUACACCAACCGCGUCCUGGACAUGGCCAAGCUCAACUCCAACCAACUCAUCGACCUGCUGACACUGUCCGAGCAGUAUCUGCUGCUGCCACUAAAGCACCUCUGCGAGGUUGCCGCGCAAAACGUUUUGUCUGUCGGAAACGUGGGACAGUUCCUCUGCGCCGCGGAGAAGUUCAAUGCCGCAUAUCUGAAGGAGUAUUGCCUGGCGUUUUUCAUGAACCACACGAACGAAAUCAUUGACGAUGAGAGCUUUCGCGAAGAGAUUGAAAGCUGCCCGUCGAUGGCACUGACGAUUGUGCGAGCUUCGACUCGCAGCAACCGGUCGCCGCUAGAGCCGGUGACAAAGCGAAGAAGACUCAACAUGCCGUUCGACGAGCCUGACUACUUAUCUCCGGACACCUGA